CUCACACUAUAAAUAUGAAUCCACCAAGAACUCCCAGUUUCAUCAAAAAGUUGUUCUUGAACCAGCCUUCAAACCACUAAUCAGCAGAAGUUGGAAAAGCGAUGGAUGAAGCACACCAGUUAGACAUAUGGGAAGGCUAUGUAGAUUGGAGGAACAGGCCCGCCUUAAGAGGUCGCCAUGGCGGCAUGCUUGCUGCUUUCUUUGUCUUGAUCGUGGAGAUACUGGAGAAUCUAGCAUAUCUGGCCAAUGCAAGCAAUCUUGUGCUGUAUAUGUCAAAAUUCAUGCAUUUUUCUCCAUCCAGCGCUGCCAACAUGGUUACCAAUUUCAUGGGCACAGCUUUCCUUCUGGCUCUUCUUGGUGCCUUUCUGGCAGAUGCAUUUUUCACUACUUACCGCAUAUACUUGAUAAGUGCAGCCAUAGAAUUUACGGGUCUUCUAAUACUUACAAUUCAAGCUCAUGUUCCAUCCUUGAAACCACCACCCUGCAUCUCAGUGAACAUCAAGAGUCCAUGCCAGGAAGUUGGCGGUGCACAAGCAGUGAUGUUGUUUGCAGGCCUCUAUCUUGUGGCGCUGGGUGUUGGAGGGAUAAAAGGUUCGCUUCCACCACAUGGGGCUGAGCAGUUUGAUGAGACUACCCCACAAGGAAGGAAACAAAGAUCAUCUUUCUUCAACUACUACGUAUUUUGCCUUUCCUGUGGGGCUUUAAUUGCUGUCACUUUAGUGGUAUGGAUUGAAGAUCACAAGGGCUGGCAGUGGGGCUUUGGGAUCUCCACUGCAACAAUUCUGGUUUCCAUCCCUGUUUUCCUCCUUGGCUCUCCAACUUACAGGACCAAAGUUCCUGCAGGAAGCCCCAUCUCAACAAUGUUCAAGGUUCUUACCGCAGCGGUUUACAACACAUGCAGUGCUUGGAUUGCUAAAAAUACUGUUAUGAGCAAAAGUCCAUCCUAUACAGCAGAAACCAGGGAGGGAGAAGACAGUGAAGCUAAUGAAAAGGUGCCUAAUCAGAGUCUAACAGAAAGCAUCAAGUUCCUUGACAGAGCAGCAAACAACGAGCGCAACCACUCAAUACUGAAAUGCACCGAAAAGCAAGUAGAAGAAGUCAAGAUAGUGCUAAGGAUCCUCCCAAUUUUCAUGUCUACAAUGAUGCUAAACUGCUGUCUGGCUCAGCUCUCGACCUUUUCGGUCCAGCAAGCAGCCACCAUGAACACCAUGCUUGGCUCCUUGAAGGUCCCACCCGCUUCUCUCCCCGUUUUCCCUGUCAUCUUCAUCAUAAUUCUUGCACCAGUCUAUAGCCGUGUGAUUCUUCCAUUUGCAAGAAAAAUAACCAAAACCGAAAUGGGUAUCACUCAUUUACAACGAAUAGGGACAGGGCUGGUCCUUUCUAUGGUGGGCAUGGUAGUGGCAGCUCUGGUAGAAAUGAAGCGAAAGAAGGUGGCAACAGAUUCUGAGCUACUAAAUUCUGCAGAACCUCUUCCUAUAACAUUCCUUUGGGUGGCUUUGCAGUACUUGUUCUUGGGAUCAGCCGACCUUUUCACCUUGGCUGGAAUGAUGGAGUUCUUCUUCACGGAGGCGCCAUCAAGCAUGAGAUCUUUAGCCACAGCUCUCUCUUGGGCCUCCCUGGCUAUGGGGUAUUACCUCAGCUCAGUGCUAGUAUCGAUAGUCAAUGAUGUCACCGGUGCAUAUCGACACAGGCCAUGGCUCUUUGGCAGCAACUUGAAUUACUAUCACCUCGAGAGGUUUUACUGGCUAAUGUGUGUAUUGAGCGGAUUGAAUUUCCUGCACUAUCUUUUCUGGGCCAAUCGCUACAAGUAUAGAUCAAUGGAACCAAAUUAAUAACCGAGGCAUAUUUAAUUGCAAUAGAUAUCAUUCAAUGCAUAUAUCUGCCACUUUCACCAAACCUUGAGAUGAUUUUCUUUUGUAAUAGUUCUUCAUUGAGAGAGAGCAAGGGGGUGAUCUUGCAAAUUGUAUUUUGUACCAGACUACCAGUGUAGUAAUCAUUAGACAUUGCACAAGUAA